AUACUUAGAAAGCAAACAAUGACGUUUCUUUUCUUGACUGUUUUUAGAAAGCCUCGGAUCAACUCUCAGCUGGUGGCACAACAGGUGGCGCAGCAGUACGCCACCCCGCCACCCCCCAAGAAGGAGAAAAAGGAGAAAGUGGAGAAGCAGGACAAAGAGAAGCCUGAGAAAGACAAGGAGAUUAGUCCUAGCGUCACCAAGAAAAACACCAACAAGAAGACAAAACCAAAGUCUGAUAUUCUGAAAGAUCCUCCUAGCGAAGCAAACAGUAUACAGUCUGCAAACGCUACAACAAAGACCAGUGAAACGAAUCACACCUCAAGGUAUUUGAAAUGAGAACGAAACACUACAUUUGCUGCUCUGAUUUACUUAGUCAUAAUCAAGAACUCAGGGUGGUUGGUGCUUGUGGGUUUCUAGGCUAAGAAGUGGUAAGUGAAGAGCGAGGGUGGAACUGUUAACUUAAAACACAAGUGUGUGUGGCUAUGUCUGUCUGAGCUACUUCUAUAUUGCUGUGGCCAAACCAGAAGAAGGAGAAGUUGCUAGUAAUUUUGCAGUGGUCCAAAGCUU